GUGACCUUGAACCCCAGGUCAACUGAGACCACGCCGGGUACACGUUGACAGGUUCUCGUAUUUAGAUCACAAACUUCAUUGUUCGACAGCUUCAGAAACAGAAGUCGAAGAUGCCUGAGAAGUGUAUCCUAGUGACUGGUGGUGCAGGCUACGUGGGGAGCCAUUCUGUCAUAGAGCUUAUUGCGGCAGGCUACUCCGUCGUUGUCCUUGACAACCUGGUCAAUGCCAGCAUGGAGAGUAUCCGUCGUGUGGAAGAGAUCGUGGGGAAGAAGAUCCAGACAUACAAUGUCACCCUGCUGGACAGGAAGGCAGUGGAAGAGGUGUUCGACAAGCACAAGUUCAGUGCAGUGAUCCACUUCGCAGGUCUCAAGGCCGUUGGGGAGUCAUGUAACCUCCCGCUGUUGUACUACAGGACAAACGUUGGCGGCACAGUCAACCUUUUAGAGGUGAUGAAGGAGAAGGGGGUCAACAACUUGGUGUUCUCAAGCUCCGCAACAGUGUAUGGCACGCCACAGUAUCUUCCUCUGGACGAGAAACACCCAAUCGGGGGAUGUACAAAUCCUUAUGGCAAAACAAAGUAUUUCAUCGAAGAAAUUCUAAGAGAUCUCUCAAAUGCAGAAAAGCAGUGGAACAUUGUGAUCCUGAGAUACUUCAACCCGGUCGGUGCCCACAAGUCGGGGAAGAUUGGCGAGGACCCCCAGGGCCCACCCAACAACCUGAUGCCCUUCAUAGCCCAGGUGGCCGUGGGGCGCAGAUCGGAACUGAAGGUGUACGGCAGCGACUACGACACCCCGGAUGGGACAGGUGUUCGUGAUUAUAUUCAUGUGGUUGACCUUGCACAAGGUCAUGUGGCAGCCAUUAAGAAGGUCGAAGAGAGCUGUGGGAACAAGACCUACAACCUGGGCACUGGACAUGGCUACUCCGUGCUGGAUAUGGUCAAGGCAUUUGAGAAGGCAUCAGGAAAGACGAUUCCAUACAGUAAAGUUGAGCGCCGUCUAGGAGACAUUGCCUCGUGUUACGCUGAUGCCACCCUCGCCAAGACGGAGCUGUCAUGGACAGCACAGAAAGACCUGGAUGAGAUGUGUGAGGAUCUGUGGAGAUGGCAGUCUACCAACCCUAAUGGCUUCCGACCAGCUGAGGGCAAAUAAUGGCAGCUUACACUAGGCAUUAAUUUAAGUACAGAUAAAUUAUAGUAUGAACAAUCAUUGCCCAAUCUGUUUCACAUUUUAACACUGCACAGUGAUCACCCUCAGGUAGCCAUUAAGAGGGUGGGCUAUGUGGGAUGAUCAUUUAUUUUUGUAGAUCAUAGACAUACUUGUUGGGAACAUUAUGACUUGCGUGGGAAUGGGGAGCCGUGUCUAUAAGGCUCCACUGUAUUGUUAAUGUUGAAAUGUGAUGGCUCCAUUUGGUCAGAUGUGAAUAUGGAGUCGUACGACUCAAAUUGGGAUGUGAUGUGGAGCUAUCGGUUGGCUCCUAGUGUCAUGUGACAUGGAGCUGUCUGAUGGCUCCAAAUGCCAUGUGACAUGGAGCUAUCUGAUGGCUCCAAAUUCCAUGUGACAUGGAGCUAUCUGAUGGCGCCAAAUGCCAUGUGACAUGGAGCUUUCUGAUGGCUCCAGGUGCCAUGUGACUUGGAGCUUUCUGAUGGCUCCAAAUUCCAUGUGACAUGGAGCUUUCUGAUGGCUCCAGGUGCCAUGUGACAUGGAGCUAUCUGAUGGCUCCAAAUUCCAUGUGACAUGGAGCUAUCUGAUGGCUCCAAAUGCCAUGUGACAUGGAGCUAUCUGAUGGCUCCAAAUGCCAUGUGACAUGGAGCUUUCUGAUGGCUCCAAAUUCCAUGUGACAUGGAGCUAUCUGAUGGCUCCAAAUGCCAUGUGACAUGGAGCUUUCUGAUGGCUCCAGGUGCCAUGUGACAUGGAGCUAUCUGAUGGCUCCAAGUGUCACAUGAUCAUACAGAGCUGUCACCUGUUCUCUUGCAGCAAUGUUUGUGGGACUGUGAGAUGUCUCACAAUGCAGAUCAUCAGAUGAUGUACACACACACAGAGUGGUGGCUCAGUCUUCCCUACAGCAUUGCCUCAUGAUGUGUGUGUGUCACUGUGUGCUUUAGCUUACUGCACAAAACAGUGCCUACACACGAGUUCACCCGGUUAUAAGGUAUUAUGUUCACUUUACUAACUUCUAUGGCAUCAGAAGCAGCUGAAUAUCUUGUCAAUUCAGUAUUUUGAUAUGUUAUAUGUCAAUCAAAAACAAAAUUGCAUCCUUAGAGAUAUCCUCAUGAAGGCAGCAAUCACCCAGCACUCCAACCACAAAUCAGUGGCCGAUCUGUCACUAACCUGGAUGACAGCUGUCAAAAACAAGCCUGCAAAAUCUGCUUGAAUCUCAAGACAGGAAACACUCUCAGUUGCCACACGACAGAAAACUAAUAUAGAUGCCACAGACAUUUUAGCUGCAGGAGUAGAAACCUUAUCUACUCAACUGCUGCAGAUGUGGGAAGCAAUAUGUAGGACAACCAAAAUGUCACUUCUACGUGCGACUAAAAAACAUGGCCGACAUCAACCACCAAAGUGACAAACCUGUCACUAACCAUUUCAAGUCAGCAGGGCACUCCACUAGAGACCUGCAAUACCAGAUCAUACGACAGCGGAAGUUAGACCCUGAGUCAGAGCAGAGCACGGCUAUGCCCAUCCAUUGAUUAAAAUGGAUCUAGUCCUGUAGUUCCCAACGCUCUGACUGUCCAUAUAUGUCAAUCAGUUAUGAAUUACGUCAAACGAGAAACUGUAUGAGUGAAGUUGAAAAAUAUAGUCAUGCAUGAUGUGAAUGAAGAUAAAUAUUAGCUAACUUUGUCUAACCAACAAAUGAAUAAAAUGUCAACUACACUGUAUGAAAUAAUCCUUUCAAAGACAUCUGCCGUCAGCCUGCACAAGAGCAUAGAACAUGGUAAGACUAGGUAUUCCUGGAAGGGGUCAAUGCAUUAAUAUGGGAUGUAUCAAGUUGGAAGGACAUUCACUGUAUCUUGAUGAUGUUGUUGAAGACUUUUGUAAGUGAGGCAGUGGCAGUUAUAAAUUGUUUGAUAGGCAUUGCUUAGAAGUUGAUGGAUAACUUCUUUCUUUACCGUAUAGGUGAUGUUGACAAUGCUUGACAAUGGUAUAAGGAUCUAUACCGAAAUGUCACCUUUACAGUAAAUAAAGAAGUUGUUAUCCAUAAAUUGUGUCCACUUUUGUGGCAGUUAUCUUGACUUGAUUAAAAAAACAUUUACAGGCAUUGAAAUGAAAUUUAUAAUCAUCAUUGCUUUGAAAAUUGUUUGUUUGUUUGUUGUUUAACGCCACACUCAGCAAUAUUCUAGCUAAAUGAUAGCGGUCUGUAAAUAAUCGAGUCUUGACCAGACAAUCCAGUUAUUGACAUCAUGAGCAUCGAUCUACGCACCUGGGAUACAAUUACACGCAUCAACCAAGUCAGCAAGCCUGACCACCCAUUUACAUAAGCUUGACUUUUUUCUGUGGAAAGCAGAUACAAUAUUAUCUCAUAGUUUUCCAGUAUGGUCUUAGUAAGGAUAAAAUUUAUUGAUGAUCAACUUCUUUAUCACAAAUAGGAGCAAUGUUUCUUGUGUUUAUUGAAACCCCUCCUACCAAAAUGUGCCAUUAUGCCCCUUGCUGUGUGCUAAAUUUUUAUAUUUUCAAUGUUUCUUGAGUGGGUCCACAAAUUAACCCAGUCCGACCUUGACCAAUGACCUUGAGGAGGGCUCUUCUCUGAUGCAGACAUUGCCUUUCAUGGAAAAAGGGUGCCAAACAGCGUGACACUUUUUGACGACAUUAACAAUAUUUAAUACUAAUCACAUAACCAAGAGCCAGUGGUCAUAAAAUCUAGUGUGACCAGUCCUGAGGCAGGGCCAUUCACCAAAUGAUAUACAUUUCAGCAGAGACCAUAUACCGGUAUAUGGGCUCUGAUUUCAGGAGUGUUGUCAAUCAUUUUAGAACAUUUUUUUUUUUAUAGAAGGAAAUCUCUGGUAUUGGUAUUAAUUAGGUCUGCAUGGCAUUUAUUAUGAUUGUUUUAUGUGUAUAAAGUCAUUUCAAGAAACGUUGUCCUUUACCUACACAAAUGUAUAAUCUCAUGUGUGUAUGAACAAAUGUACAUCUGUUUUUUAUAUAUUACCUUCUAAAAAAUGAUUCAGCACAAAUUGACCGAAUGAAUCAAAUCUUCAAAUCUCAGUUUAGAAUUGCAUCAGUUUUCAACAUAAUUGUUCUCUGUCACACUUCAUGGGGGGGGGGGGGGUGCAGGACAUGGUCCAAACUAACCUCUUGUUGAAAUGUCCAGUCUACAUGAGUGUACUAGUACUGUAAAUCCUGAAAUUAACAUGAGUGGGAAUAAAAUGUGAAAAAUGCGUGUGGUCUUUGUUCACAUUAAUGAAACGUCACAUUUAUGUCUCCAAAUGACUAUCAACAAUAAGACGGCCUCACUGCACACUUUGGAUAGCGGAAAUACCAACUUGAAUAUAAACACAAACACGGUUUAUUGAGCAGCAGUUGUAACAAGUGUAUAACAAUGUCAUUCAAAGAAUAGGAAUUACACAAUAGGUAUCCGGUGAGUUAUCACUGCUGGGGUCAAGAGUUCUACCCACUCGUGUCAAACUAGGCAUCACUGACCACUCCAAUCAGUGAACUGUUGUUGGUUCAAUUAUUUUAUUGCCUUUGAACUUCCUUAAUGCCAGUCAACAGAAUAAACAUAUAAACUGUGUGUUUGUUAUUGUUAUUCCGGAAGUGCUUUACUCAGUGCUAAUAAGUGGUGCUUUUUGCUGUUUGGAUUAAGAUAUGUAUCAUUCCACUGGGGAUGGGGUGGGGGGAGUCGCAUUGAUUUUGAGUCGCUUUUUGGCUAGGGUCAGCAUUUGUAUGAUUUUGGAGACGCAAUAAUUUCAAGAUUUACAGUAUUCUACUAGUUUCCUAGGGGUGAGGCGAUACAGCAAGGUCACGAUACGAUACGUAUCACGAUACAUAUCACGAUACAUAGGUCACGAUACGAUACGUAUCACGAUACAUAGAUCAUGAUGUGAUUUGUAUCUCGAUAUACAUAUUUACAGCAAAUCACAUGGACACUUCUUGACUAAAUAUUUCAGAGCAGCUUCAAAAGGAACAGCUAGUGUUAGACACAUGUUCAUAGCAACUAUUUUUAGUAAUGAACUCGAAACGUUCAACACACUGGGGGUCAAUAAACGAGUAGUAAGUAAAUUUCUUUGGCAAGUGUAUCUUUUUGUAUUAAUAGCGUAAAAAAAUGUAUCGUGUAUUGUAUCGUCACCAGAAAACCCAUGAUGCACCGGUGCACCAAUGUAUCGUUUCACCCUCAUAAUUUACCCCCUCCGGCUGGUACAGGCUUCUUCACAAGACCCUGACAACCAAUUCAAGCCGUUAAUAAUCACAAUAUAUUUGAUCUUAGCUGCAAACAUUGUCCUGUAUUUUGACUUACCAGCUGUGAUGUUUUCAAGACCAGCAAAUCAUUUUUAUUUUUAUUUUCUCAGAAAUCCUUUUCUCACUCUGACAUUGUAUUAUUUCCUGCAUGUGUGUACAUGGUUAUGUUUGUUCAAAGUAUUGUUUCCUGUUGGAUGUGCCAUUGGAGGGGAUAGGAGAAAAUGUGCUGAAGAUAUUUCUGUAAAAUUAGCAUAUGUUGAAAGCUUUUUGUGAUCUCUCUUGAAUAAUCCCGAAUGACAUAUUUAUUCUUAUGGCAGUUUGUUCCUAUAUGUUGCUGAAGCUCUUUGAUACAUGCUUGGUUGUCAUUAUUAUUUGAAAGGGGUGGUGAAAAAUAAAAACAUGGUAUUGUGAA